CUCGUCGGGAUGGGGGCCCAAGGCAGCGCAAACGCCGAGGGGGGGGAGGCGGCCGCCGCUGCGGCGCAGGGCGCAGGCGCCGAGGGCGCACCCGCGGCGGUCUCGCCGGCCGAGCCCGCGAAGGCCGCCGAGGAGAAGGCGCCCGAGCCGGCCAAGGCGCCCGAGCCGGCCAAGGCUGCCGAGCCGCCGAAGGAAGCGGCCGAGGCCAAGGACGGCGAGGAGAAGGGCAAGAAGCCCAAGAAGGAGAAGGAGGGGAAGGGCAAGGGCAAGGAGGGCAAGGAGUCCAAGGGCAAGGAGGGCAAGGAGGGCAAGGCCGGGAAGGCCGCGGGCAAGGAAGGCAAGGAGGGCAAGGGCAAGGAGGGCAAGGGCAAGGAGGCGAAGGGCAAGGACGCCAAGGGCAAGGACGGCCCGAAGGGCAAGGGCAAGGAGAAGGGCGCCAAGGGCGCGGUCAAGGGGAGCGGCCCCACGGCCGGCGGCAGUGGCUACCGCCUGAACGUCAAGAACCUCGGGAAGAUCACGGAAGAGAAGCUGAAGGAGCUCUUCGAGCCCUUCGGCACCGUCUCGAUGGCGGAGAUCAAGAAGAACGACAAGGGCGAGAGCCGCGGCUUCGGCUUCGUGGUCCUGCCCGGGGAGGCGGAGGGCGCGGCGGCCGCGAAGGCGAUGAACGGCAAGGAGGUCGAGGGCACCAAGCUGAACGUGGCCGCAGCCGAGCGCCGCGUCACGGAGGAGGACGACGCUGCCAAGGGCAAGGGCAAGGCCAAGGCCAAGGGCCCGCAGGAGCUCUACGCCGCGCAGUCGGCGCAGUACGCGCAGCAGUGGGCCGCCUACUCCCAGCUGAUGUACUACCAGCAGUACCAGCAGUACGCCGCGAUGCAGCAGCAGAACUCGUUCUGGGCGAAGUCCGGGCCCGCGUCGCCGACGAAGGAGUACGAGGGGAGCCUCAAGUCGAUCAGCAGCCGCAACGGCUACGGCUUCAUCGUGUGCAAGGAGAUCGGCGACCAGUUCCCCGUGUACGACAGCGACGGGACGCACACCGGCGGGCGCGACGUGUACAUCGACGAGGGCCUGCUGCCGCAGGGCGCCGAGCGCGGCAGCCGGCUGCUCUUCACCAUGACGGUCAACCAGAAGGGCCACCCUCAGGCCGCGACCUGCCGCCUCGCGCCCGCGAUCUGAGCCCAGCGGGCCCCUCGCAAUUCGACGAGCCGGCGCGGAGCGCCUCAGAUAGGAGGGAGGGGU